CCCAUCAUUCGACGUUAGUUCGUCCAGUGUCUACCAUUGUUGCGUUAGUUGUGUCGGCUCAUUCUCUUUGUUUAUUCGAUGAUUUCUACAAACGUCAAAAGUGACUAAUUUUGCUCAUAUACAAGCGGAGAGAUAAGCAAUCUCACUUUUGGAAUCAUGGAAGGUCUCGAUGCGGAAGAAUGGAACGCUUUCAAGGUUAAAUUUAACAAAAAGUACGAAUCCGAGGAGGAAGAGAAAUCCAGGAUGAAAAUCUAUCUGGAUAAUAAAAAAAGAUUCGCCGAACACAAUGCCAAAUACGAUAAAGGUCUUGAAACUUACACAAUGGGAAUCAAUCAGUUUGCGGACAUGAAGCCUGGUGAACGUACAUGUUGUGGAACCAGAACCAAAUGCCCUCCACCGAGAGUCAAGGAGAUCGAAGUACCGUCUGAUGAGGCUGCCGGUAAUUAGAAAAGCAAUGCUGUAAGCUAUGGAGAAAAAAACGAUCAGUGCCAUAAAUGAGUAUCCAAGUUCGUAAGCUUAUCGUAACACAUGGGACAAUGGUAUAUUCCUAAUCGCAGUAGCCACAAGUUCGUAGUUGGCAAAAACUCUACAAAUCUGAAAUGAUAUUGAAAAAUUGACAAAUUUAGCUGCUUGGGAGAGAGUCUUCUUCAUAUUUACGAGAGAUGAAGGAGUUGAUUAAAUCAUAACUGAUGUAAUAUUUGAGUCACUUUGCUUUGACACCAACCAAUUUUAUAAGAAUAUGAAACUAUUUUUGUUGAGAUUUUAUAUUUUUGUUAUUACCUUGAGACAAAUGAAAAAUAUAUACAUAUGUAUUAUGAUGAA